AUGUUGCUUUGCCCGGAGGAACUGGCCGUUGACGAUGAGUGUCUCGAAGUUGGGCUUGGCAGUGGUGGUGCACGGACGGUCUGUUGGGGCCUCGACGGCCUAUCAGCUGUGGGGCCGCCCCCGGUUUACAAGGGCUUCAGAGGGCAACACGGCAACGAGAUGCAGCCCGUCCCAGCUCUGCGCCCUCGACAGCUGCACGUACAGGCUCAUGAAGCUGGGUCGAGUCGCUGUGCCGCCAAAGUGACGCCUUUGAGGUUGACGAGGACGUCCGAGAAUUGUUUUCCCUGGCUCUUCUGA